AUGAAGGGAAGCUAUCCCUGCUGCCUGCCUGCACUGCCAAAGAGCGCUAAGCAGAAGGAGAGAGAUCGUUUGCGCCUACAAAAAAAGUUUCAGAAGCAGUUUUGAGUGAGGCAGAAAUGGGACCAAAAAUCACAGCAGAAGCCUCGUGACUCCUCUGUUGAAGUUCGCAGUGUAUGGGAGGUGAAAGAAGAGAUGGAUUUCCCUCGGCUGAUGAAGAUGCACUACCUGGAGAUUUCAGAGCCACAGGACAUAGAGUGCUGUGGAGCCCUAGAAUACUAUGACAAAGCCUUUGACCGCAUCACAACAAGGAAUGAGAAGCUACUAAGGAGUAUUAAGCGCAUCUUCCAUACCGUCACUACUACUGAUGACCCAGUUAUCCGAAAGCUGGCAAAGACACAAGGGAAUGUAUUCGCCACAGAUGCCAUCCUGGCCACACUGAUGACCUGCACUCGCUCUGUCUAUUCCUGGGACAUCAUUGUCCAGAGAGUUGGAUCCAAGCUGGAUCCAAGUGGACCUAGUAAACCCCGAGUUCAAGAAGAGGGAUGGUGA